CGAAAUCCUCUUCUGCACUUGGAACAUCCAGGAUAUUACUACUUCCCAAAAUGUCUCACAGUCCUAUCGUGUUGAUGUCGAUGGUGUUGGUCUUUGUGACGGUGUCCGCCCUGGCCUUACCUUAUCCGCAAGAAGAUGCGCCAGCAGCUGAUGCUGGUGAUGAGCUCGCCGCUAUUGACGAGACUGUCCCAUUAGUACUGCUGGAUGAAGGCGAUGAAACCAUUGACGGCCGCCACCAUUACAUCAGCAACAACCGUCGGCCGGCUGCUUAUUACAAUCGUCCUUCCUACAAUCGCCCGGCUAUGAACUACAACUAUCGCCCGUCUGCCGGUGCCUACAACAGUCGACCCCACAACUACGGAAGUGCUGGCCAUCACACUUCCGGCGGCUACGGAGGUUAUGCAGGCCAACAAUCGAAUAACUACCACGGAAAUAGCUAUUACGGCUACCAACAUUCGAACCACGGAACGUUCGGCGGAUUGGGAUGGCGGGAGGCUCAGAAAUCUUCCGGUGAUGAUGUCGCUGCUGCUGCUCCACCAGUCGAGGAGGAGGAGCUUCUAGUCCAAGGUGUUGAAGAAACACCAGCCGCCCCUGGCGUCGUCGUCUUCCAGCAAUAAGAAUGACAGCCAUGAACUGAAAUGACUACGAUCACAGCAAUUUGAAAUUCCCGCGUUUUUUAAUUCUCUCAUUAUUUUGGCCACUUAUUGAUUUCCAACUGGGUUAUUAAUCAAUGUUUCUGUUACGUUUUAUUCGUUUGUUUUUGUUACCUAUUAUUACACAUUGUUUGCUCCUUUCGAAAA